UUUGUCUCUGACUUCAAACACUUGCAGAGAGAGAUUAGAGAGAGAGAGAGAUCUGUGUGAAAUCAUUCUGGUGAUUUCGGUACGCCUACCAAUCUUGACGAAGUUAAACUAUUGAUUGAUUAUAAAAAUAUAAAACCGCGGGAAAGAAUUCCGUUUUGAUUUUAUGUUUUAGAGAAAGGGCAAGGAUGGAGAAGAGAUAUCCUGUUGCAACUGGUGGAAUCCUCCACAAAAUCAAGAAAGCUGCUUGCCUUGAUGCAUCUUCAUCAGACACUGGAAAAGGAAAAAGCAAGUCAUCUAAUAACAAAGUGUCUCAUGGAUUUCACCUGGUAGAAGGGCAGUCUGGACAUGACAUGGAAGACUACCAUGUUGCUGAAUACAGAACCAUAAAGGGCCAUGAGCUCGGACUGUUUGCUAUUUUUGAUGGCCACCUGGGUGAUUGUGUACCAAGUUAUUUGAAAGACAAUCUUUUUAACAACAUACUUGGUGAGCCAAAUUUUUGGGAAAAUCCCGAGAAGGCAAUCAAGAAUGCAUAUCGUUCUACCGACAAAUUUAUCCUCGAGAACUCUGGUAAGUUGGGUCCUGGUGGCUCAACUGCAGUUACGGCAAUUGUUAUUGAUGGCAAAGACCUGUGGGUGGCAAACAUAGGGGAUUCCAGAGCUGUGUUGUGCGAGAGGGGAGAAUCCAAUCAGCUUACGGUGGACCAUGAACCACGCACAGAAAGGAGGAGGAUUGAGAAACAGGGUGGAUUUGUGACCACUCUUCCAGGUGACGUUCCUCGAGUCAACGGCCAACUUGCUGUUGCUCGUGCCUUUGGAGACCAAAGCCUUAAAGCACAUCUAAGUUCAGAACCCGACACGAGACAUGUACCCAUCGACUCCACCAUAGAGCUUGUGAUAUUGGCAAGUGAUGGCUUGUGGAAGGUGAUGGCCAACCAUGAGGCAAUCGAGAUGGUGAAAUCUAUCAAAGAUCCCCUGGCAGCAGCCAAGCGUUUGACCACCGAGGCAUUAGCAAGGAAAAGCAAAGACGAUAUAUCGUGCAUUGUCAUUCGGUUCGGAUGACAAACAGAUCACCACCACACCGUCUGCCAUGUCUGAACGUCUUCUAUUCGCUGGCUGAGCAGAGUGAAUGGUAUUGUUUGAAGAGCCAUGUGAUCCCAGCACAUGACUUGUUAUAAAACCAUGGACAGGUAUGUAUGGGUGAACUACAAUUUAUUCAUCUUUUAUUCUGACAUGUAAUCUAUCCGUUGCAAAUUAUCAUUAUUUAUCUUUCUACCUAUAUUUCUACAUUUAACGCACACAUAGAUGUAAACAUUAUUUAAUGGUAUCCGUAAGGUUGAUGAGCUUAUUUAUAUGUACUUUCAAAUAGACAUGUAUAUGCUUUUGAUUUAAUCGAUUUACAUUGUGAAAUAUUGAUC